CCGCAGACCACGCUUUUGGUCGAAUUCAACUCACUACUGCGGUCCGAGUCACUCCUGGCAUGCAUACCGCUUUGCGCAUCCCGGAAGUCCUGCGGUACAUCUGCGAGUAUGCAGACGAGGACAGCCUGAUUGCCAUGGCGCAGACUGCGCGGGUGCUCCACGAGCCAGCGGUCGAGAUGGUGUGGUACCAUCUCCCGAACCUCGUGCCUCUGUUCCAGUGCUUUCCGGAGGAUACCUGGGUCCUUGAAGAUGAGCGUUCCUUUGUCUUCACCCGCGUCGUAACGCCGAAAGACUGGACGGCAGUUUUGCGAUAUGCCUCCCUCGUGCGGCAUCUAGGCGCGGAAGAGUCCGGCUACACCUGGACUGUCAGCGAAACCGCGUGGACGACGAUAUGCUCCCUUCGUCCAACUCAAAUACUCUUCCCCCAUCUGCGCUCCAUUAGUUGGUAUGCGCCGGAGCUACUGCCCGGGGAACAUCUGCCGUCUCUGCUCACCUGCGUAGGCACGAACCUUGUCGAAAUCGAAUUGGAGACCUAUUCUCCUUGGCACGACGAUCGGAGAACCUUGGAGGCGAGCUUUGGAAUCAUCGCAGAGCGGUUCCCGGUGCUACAGAGAUUCCACAUCGGCGAAAAUACUUCUACUUUCGGCGAAUGCGACACCCCUGAACUCGUAAACGCGGUCUCUGCGCUGGCCUGCGGCUUCACCUCCUUGGUAUCUUUCUCCUCCACGUAUCUCCUCCUCACUCCGGCUGCAUUGCUGAGCCUCAUCCAGGCGAAGACCCUCCGCUGUCUCGACGUUCACCUUCCAAACGAUAUGACGUGGCUUUCCGAACGCCUAUCCUCGUGUUAUGAUGCCACAGUAACCCUGCAAUUGGAGGAGGUGGGAUUGCACUCGACCCCGGAGGCAUACAUCGCAUUCAGCAAGGUUGUAGCACUGCCAUACGCGACCGGGCUCAAUCUAUUACUCUAUAAUCCCCCGCCAUACCCUCUCCUUGAGGACGUCUUCAGCUCCAUUCGUAGGCAGUGCUCGCCGGACGCUUUGCGUACGUUAACGGUCCACGACAUAGGAGAAGAUUUCGACUCGUUGAGGUAUGCAGACAUCCUCCUCCCGCACCACCUACGGCCGCUUUUAGCGUUCAAGCGGCUGAAGUUCCUUCAGCUCGAUCUUUUCUUCCGGUAUGCACUCGAUGACACGUUUUGCGUCGACAUGGCGAGGGCGUGGCCUUGCAUGGUGUACCUAUACAUCGACUGCUCCCUACCCGGCGACGUGUUGCCAAGCGUCCGCGUACUCCCCUUGUUUGCUGCACAUUUCCCCAAGCUAGAACAUCUCAAGCUUGUCUUUGAUGCGACGUGCUGGGACGACGAGGCCUUGUUCAACGCGGACCACACCCAAGGGGACAUCUACGGGCCCCUCGCAAACAGGGCAAGCACGUCGCCGCUAUUCCGUCUUUGGACUGGCCCGUCCCCUGUACUCGGACCGAGAUUCGUGGCAGCGUUCCUUGCGCGCAUCUUCCCGAACUUGAAGGUUAUCAAGAACAGUGGCCGCGGAAGCAAAUGGGAAGAGGUUGAGCAGCUUCUCCCCUUGUUCCAGUCAGCCAGGCUGGACGGACGGCUGCGUAUGGCGCAAGAGCUCGCGGAGAACCUCAAUGAAUCCCAAACGGUCCCGGCCGGCGAUCAGGCCCUUGGGUUCAACCGCUGAGCUGGGAGUAGGACACAUGGCUCGUCGUGCAAAGUUGCUCCGACCUCGGCCAUACUGCGACGUGAA